AUUUUGCCAUGAUAUAUUGUUGAUGUAACAUACAUGGUUAAAAAUAAAAUGGCGCUCUUAAAAGUUUUUGCUUUUUGCCUGGUGGGCUCGGCCGUCGCUGCUCCAAAUUUAUUUGAUUUUGCGCGAGCCAAAGCCAACGACAUCCAAAGCGAAACCAAAGACGCGUACACCCAAUGGAAUGAGCAGAAGGCGUCGCAAGCAUCCUACCCCACGCAAUACAACUGGAAUCACCCAGAAGCCCACGCCCAGAACGAGUACCUUUCCCACGUCAACCCAGUUCCUGCCAUACCUGGCUGGGAACACGCUCAAGCCCAAAACGAAUACUUAUCCCACAUCAACCCAGUGCCUUCAGCUGUACCAGUUUGGGAACACGCCCCAACUAUUGAAAGACCUUACGAGGUACCUUCCUACCCUGUAGCACAACCAAUGUUCCACCCCGCUCUGCCCAGUCCAAAUCCAUACGUAAACCACCCGUUUUUCAACCCAGAAUAUACCCACCCCCAGAACAUCCCAUCCUACCCCCCACACGUUAAUGUCCAAAGUCUUCCUCAAUACCAACCCCAGUCUUUCGGAUUCGGAUGGCCUCAAGGACACCCAGCAUUGCAGAACGUGCCUUAUGCUACACCGUCUCCAAUCCAGCCGAACUACCAGCCACCUACAGCGACAGUAAGACCAGUCAAACCAACUGUAGUAACUGUGAAAAUUCCUCCCCGCCUUACAAGAGCAAAAGUUGGCCCAACUGUGGUUGCUGAAUCAAGUCCCAGCCAAGCCAGAGCCACUGUUGGUCCCGUUCGACCAACUGUGGUUGCAGUAACCACACCCCGGCCCAAAACCACACCACGAACACGACCAGGAAUCCCUGCAAAAGCCAAUGCUGCUGCAAAAAGUCCUGCAGCCACAAUUGCUACUGCAAACCCAGCAGUUAUCCAAGCAGUAACUCCACCAACUGUAAAGCCAGGCGCUCGCGCUGUAGCCACGAUAGCGACUGCUAAUCCAAGAGGCAUCCAGGCCGUUACUCCACCAACUAUAGCUCCUGCUACGGCUACUAUCGCCACUGCCAACCCAGGAUUUUUUAUAGCAAUUCCUCCAGUGCCUAGCGCUGCCACAUCUACCGUAGCCACAUCUACGGCCGCUCCAUCUACAGCCGCUCCACCUACUGUAGCCUCAUCUACGGCUGCCCCAUCAACCGCGGCUCCAUCUACUGCUGCCCCAUCUACGGCUGCCCCAACCACCGUAGGCCCAUCUACGGCCGUUCCAUCUACCGCUGCCCCAUCUACAGCCGCCCCAUCUACGGCUGCUCCAUCCACCGCGGCUCCAUCGACGGCUGCUCCAUCUACUGCCGCUCCUUCUACUGCUGCCCCAACCACUCCUGCCCCAACAACUGUAGCCCCAUCUACAGCUGCCCCAACCACUGUAGCCCCAUCUACGGCCGCUCCAUCUACCGCGGCUCCAUCUACGGCCGCCCCAACCACUGCUGCCCCAUCUACGGCUGCUCCAUCUACUGCCGCUCCUUCUACUGCUGCCCCAACCAUUCCUGCCCCAACUACUGUAGCCCCAUCUACAGCUGCCCCAACCACCGUAGCCCCAUCAACAGCUGCUCCAUCUACUGUCGCUCCUUCUACUGCUGCUCCAACCACUCCUGCCCCAUCUACAGCUGCCCCAACCACCGUAGCCCCAUCUACAGCCGCUCCAAGUACUGUAGCCCCAUCUACGGCCGCUCCAUCUACCGCGGCUCCAUCUACGGCCGCGCCAACCACUGCUGCCCCAUCUACUGCCGCUCCUUCUACUGCUACCCCAACCACUCCUGCCCCAACAACUGUAGCCCCAUCGACGGCUGCCCCAUCCACUGAGGCCCCAUCUACCGCCGCCCCAUCCACUGAGGCUUCAUCUACAGCUGCCCCAUCUACUGAAGCCACACCUACAGCUGCCCCAUCUACUGAAGCCCCAUCUACAGCGGCCCCAACAACUCAAUAAGCCAUCUUCACCCACCCUCCACUAACGCCUCUACAAACGAUCUUAGUACCUCUUAGUUCUUGAUAUACAUAGUUCAUUUCAAUAGUCUAUUCGAUGUAAACUUUGUCAUAAUAAAUCUGUUUCGAACUG